GUAUAACGAAGACGAAAAAGAAGAUAUCAUGAUAGACGACUCUGAAAUGAACGAAAUCAACAACUCACAUGAUCUAAUUGAAGCAGCUAUAGCAGACGAAGCUAAGAGCGGCGGCCAUGCUGCAUACGCACAAGAUUGUCAAAACUCUUUUUUCUUGUUAUUUUUAUUGAUAAUUGUGCUUAUUGCAGUUUGAAAGUGAGGACACAUUUAUGCUUAUCCUUAUGUCACCAGUUAGGGCCAGGCUUAAACACUUUUAGUUGCAUUGUCGCAGAUCUGCAGCGAAUGAGCAAGAAGAUCACAUCGACCAGUUAGAUGCGUGUAAUGGCGAUCUAAGGCUUGGCCGCGAUCAUUUCGAAAAGCGUUUGAAGGGCGUUCGCGAAGAACUCUUGGAAGCACAGAAAAAUCUCCAAUUGAACUAUUGACACCUAAUAAAUCAACGCCGAUUAAACAAACAACUCUGGAUAUGUUCUCUCGUAAACCAGCAAAUCCUGAUAACAUAGCGGUGACGAAUUAUGAUCCAUUCGAUAAAAUUCAGAGUGUCGACAACGCGAUAUUCGUUGAGAAUAGACGCAAGUUUGACUUAGACGAAUGUAAAGUACAUGGCUUCGUAUUUGAAGAAAACGAGAAAAUGGCGGCGGCGUUCCAAAAGUUUAUGGAACUUGUAAAGAAAGGAACAGCUUCAGUACAAACGGUGGUGUUGAUGCAACAUAAAAACGCUGUUUGUCAGAACUUAUUUGGAAACAAACCGACUGACCACUAUCAUAUGCUGGUAUAUUAUAGUGAUGGAAAAUUCACCGACAGCAAUACAAAUCGCGUAUAGAGCAAGAUGAAAAACGAAAAAGGCGUUGAAUGGAAUUCGCAACAAAUCAUUAAGUCGCAAUCUAUGGAAUCCUACUUUCAAUGUGAAGGUAGAUACAUAGUAAGUAUCUUUGGCGAUAAUCAAAUCCUUCGCCGUCCACAACAUGCAAAUAAGCCAGACGUAAAGUGUGGCAUGCAAUGCAAGAACGUAUUGUCCGAAGGGAUGAUGACCGUAAACGAAAGAGGCGGUGAUGCGAAGUAUGGUGAGGAUGAUUGGUAGGUAAAUGUAGCUAUGAAAAACCAAGGUGAAUUGCAAAGGUUAAUUCAAAGCUUAGGAAUUAGAGAUGUUAUGCUGCACGUUUCAUGCUAGAGUUCAAAUUUGAUAGUUUCAUUUAUGAUCCAAGACGAAACGUAAUUGAGAAUCAAAUAAAUGAGCAAAUUAAGAAAGUUUACUGUAGUUGGGAUUGGUGGGAAUGUUUUGAAAGUAGACUACCACAAUUUGAGAAUGCAAUUAAGCGUGGUGCAACAAAAGGCGUUGAUGAUUCAAUUGAAUGUUUACAGCGUAUUAAGGCAGAAUGGCAUUAGAUGUAAGCAUUUCGCGAAUGACGUAUUUAAAAUUGUGUUGAAAAAAGAGCAAAAGAAAUGUGUACACACUGAUGCGCCAAAAGAAAAGGAGGCGAUUAUUGAUCCAUUCAUCGGUAUAUCAACAGAAAAACAUCCAAGGUUCAUACAAAAUCGACGCGAUUAUGAUAUCAACGACUGCAAAGUUCAUGGUUUUGUAUUCGAAGCGAAGGAGAAAUACAACAAAACAUUUGAUGAAUUCUUCGAUCUCGUAAAGAAAGGUACAGGUUCUGUACAAGCUGUAGUCCUAGUCACUCACGCAAAUGCAAUAUGUCACAAUCUAUUUGGAGGUAAAAAAGCAGACCAUUUUCACAUGUUAGUAUACUAUAACGCUGGCAAGUUUACCGACUCAAAUGCAAAUAGAAUUUGGAGUAAGUUUAAGAUUGAAAAAGGCGUUGAAUGGAAUAGUCAAAUGAUCAUAAAGCCACAAAGUAUGGAGGCCUAUGUUCAAUGUGAAGUACGUCUCGUAGCUGCUGUCUUCGGAGACAAACAAAUACUGGAGCGUCUGCGUCAUGCCAACAAACCUGAAGUAAAAGCAAUAAUGCAACAACGCAUCGACGAUCGUGAUGAUGAUAGAAAGAGAAAGCGUAAAGAUGAUAAAUACGGCGAUGAUGAUUGGUGGGUUAGCGUAGCUCAUAAAAACGCAGGUGAAUUGCAAAGUUUAAUUACUAGUUUGGGUAUUAGAGAUGUUAGUAAAUUUUUAAGCUAUGCAGCACGUUUCAUGCCUGAAUAUAAAUUUGACGGAUUCAUUUAUGAUCCACGUAGAGCAGUGAUUGAAAAUCAAAUUAAUGAAGAAAUUAAGAGAGUAUACAGGUCUUGGGAUUGGUGGGAAUGUUUUAAUAGCAGAAAAUCGCAAUUUGAAGCGGCGAUUAAACGAGGUGCUACAAAGGAUGUAGACGAUUCAAUUGAGUGCUUGCAGAGAAUUUUAAGGCAAAAUGGGAUAAGAGUAAAGCAUUUUGUAAGAGAUGUUUUCAAAAUAGUCCUAAAACAAGAGCAAAAAAAGAAUUGCUUAUUCUUGUAUGGGAAAAGCAAUACGUUCAAAAGUACAAUUAGCAGAAGUAUUGUUAAUAUGGUACCAAUGAUUGGUCAGCAGAUUACUAGUAGGGAGUUUGCAUUUCAAGAAUGUCUAGAGGUGAAUGUAAUAUUUAGUGAGGAAACUAAGAUUACACCAGAUAUAGUACAAUCUGUAAAGCAGGUUUAUGAAGGUACCGAUCAUCUCGUCAACCGGAAGGGAAAAAGUGGCAUAUUGAUGGAAAGAACGCCAGUCAUUUGCUGCAGCAAUUAUCAUCCUGCUCAAUAUGUUCCUGAUGAAGAACAAACUCUAUUGAACAGAAUGCAUUUUUAUCGAUUUUCUGUGCAUGAUUCAUUAAAAGAUAUUAAAGGAGAAUUUACUCCAUUAAUGUGGGAAGAAUUGUAUAAUAUGUAUCUAAAACCAAAAACUCCAGAACCAAUCUUUUAUUAAUAAAAUAUUUCAUUAUGAUUA